AUGUCAACAAAACAAAGGGUGUACUCUAUAUCGAAGGUCUAUUCGGACGUCAAUAGCAAGAAACCUUCAGAAUAUUGGGAUUAUGAGAAUCACAAGAUAGGUUGGGGAGAAAUAAAAAAUUACGAAAUUGUCAGUAAGAUAGGAAGGGGGAAAUAUUCAGAAGUAUUUCAAGGAAUAAAUGUAUUGAAUGAUGAGCCAUGCGUGAUCAAAGUGUUGAAACCUGUGAAAUUGAAGAAGAUUUAUCGGGAAGUUAAGAUUUUGCAAAAUUUGACAGGUGGACCCAAUGUUGUGGCACUUCUAGAUGUGGUUCGCGAUGAGCAAUCAAAAAUACCUGCUUUAAUCUUUGAAAAAGUCAAUAAUGUUGAUUUUAGAGUUUUGUAUCCCAAGUUCACUGUGAAGGAUAUUCAAUACUAUUUUACGCAACUUUUAAUAGCGUUGGAUUAUUCGCAUUCAAUGGGUAUAAUACAUCGAGAUGUGAAACCACAAAACAUAAUGAUUGAUCCUAUGAAUAAGAAGUUGAGAUUGAUAGAUUGGGGCUUGGCUGAGUUUUACCAUGCUGGUAUGGACUACAAUGUCAGAGUGGCUUCGAGAUACCACAAGGGCCCAGAGUUGUUGGUUAAUUUGCAGCAGUACGACUACUCGCUUGAUCUAUGGUCAGUUGGUUGUAUGUUGGGAGCAAUAAUAUUCAAGAAAGAACCGUUGUUUAGAGGUGAUUCAAAUAAUGACCAGUUGGUUCAAAUUGCUAAAGUGUUGGGAACAGAAGGCUUGAUGAGCUACGUAAAGAAAUAUGGUAUAAAAUUGAGUCAGGAUUACGAUGGCAUUUUAGGCAAUUAUUCAAGGAAGCCGUGGAAAUCGUUUGUAAAUAAUGAAAACAGGUACUUGAUCAGUGAUGCUGUUUUAGACUUGAUUGACAAGUUAUUGCAAUAUGACCAUCAAUUGAGACCAACAGCAAAAGAAGCCAUGAAUCAUCCAUUUUUCAAAUUACAGAGCUAA